AGCUCGGGUUUUGGGGGGGAGCUGUUGGGAGAAGUUUGUGAAGGAGAGCGGUGGUUUGUGAAAGUUGUGCUCGGCAGAAGCGGGAGGUUUAGGGGGAGAUCUGGUGGUGUUGGUGUGAGCGCCAGGGAUCUGCUGUAGGUUAGUUAGUUAGAUUAGUUAGUUAUUUAGUUAAUAAAGGUUAAAUGAUGUGUGUGUGUGAUGAGUCUGUGCUGCGGGCGCUGCUGCUGCUGGUGUCGGUGUGCGUGUCUCUGGCCGGAGCUUUCUCUCAGUCUCUGGACAGCGACUUCACCUUCACUCUCCCCCCGGGACACAAAGAGUGCUUCUUCCAGACCAUGAGGAAAGACGCCUCCCUGGAAAUCGAGUAUCAGGUUCUUGAUGGGGCUGGUCUGGAUGUGGAUUUCUACUUGUCUUCCCCCAGUGGUCAUGUGUUAGUGUCUGAUUUCAGAAAGUCAGAUGGAGUUCAUACAGUGGAGACAGAAGAGGGGGACUACAUGUUCUGCUUUGAUAAUACAUUCAGCACUGUAUCUGAAAAGAUCAUCUUCUUUGAGCUGAUUUUGGACAAUAUGGAUGAUGGGCAAGACCCAGAGGACUGGAAAGAAUUUGUGCAAGGAGCUGACCUGCUGGAUAUGAAGUUGGAGGACAUCAUGGACACUAUAAACAGUGUGAAGGCACGCUUGGGAAAGAGUCUUCAGAUUCAGACAGUGCUGAGAGCCUUUGAGGCUCGUGACCGCAAUCUGCAGGAGAGCAACUAUGAGCGUGUGAACGUCUGGUCCUGCACCAACGUCGUGCUGAUGGUGGUGGUAUCCUGCAUCCAGGUCUACCUUCUGCGCAGCCUGUUUGACGACAAGAGGAAAACACGCACAUAGCCCACGGGCUUCUUCUGUACUAACCUCUGGGAGAAAAAAAAAUACCCUUGUUUGGGACUGAAGAUGGACACAGUUCUCUCUCCCCUCUCUCUCUGUAGACCCUUUACUUUUCCACUUCCUGUCUACUUUUAUUCAAUGAAGACAAUCAAUUUCUACUCUAGCUGAGCCAAGAAACAGUCUAGGAUGUUUCUCAGCCAAUGAAAAAAGAGAUAAGCUGCUAUUGCGAGUUCACAAGAAGCAGGAUUUCUGAGGGUUCUUUUAUUUAACAUGAGCAAAGAAUCAAUGGACUGAUACUUUUGCAGUUUCUUAUAAUACCCUUUUUAUACAUGCCUAAGUUUUGUUAACCCAUUAUCUCUGCCUCUAACUGUUGAAACUAUGACGAGCACUGACACAUAAUGACAUAUUUUUAGAGCAGCAUGUUAAACAUGGUAUAUGGAGAAUGUGAAGUAAAGUGUGGGAAAAAUGUUUCAUGUUGAGAAAAUAAUGGUCUGGUAAACGGUUAAAAGAACCAGUGAAGAUGAACUGUGCUUACCAAUAUCUGCUGUUAACGCUUUAAUUAUAGGGAUGGCUGACUAAGACACACAUUCUAUGUUCAGACUGCAGGCAAACUGGAUUGGUGAGAUCUGAUUCACACUUUUAUUUGCAAGUUAUCAGGUCAGAUUUGUGUGUCAGGAUGUCACAAACGGAUCUGCAUGGGUUUCUGUUGUAACGAGGGAGGUGUCCGUAACUUAUACUAACCUUUGGAACUUUUCUUGGACCUCCCGCACUUUUGUCACUCUAAAUUUGAUAUAAUGGAUAACCAGAAAUCAAUCUGAAUACAAUCUAGAUAUGCCAAAAGUCAGACUUGGACUAGCAGUCUGAACACAGCCACAGACAUGCAUGCUGCUUUGAUUAACCAGACACGGGUUAAAACAUGUUGUAAGAUCUUGUCUAACUAGCAGAUAAAAUGCUACUACUUAGAAACUACCAGCUGUGCCAGUUGCCCUCCUUUGGGGAUUUAGUAAUAAGACCGUAUGGUGCGCUGCUUUUGGCUCUGGUUCAACAGGGAGGAAAGGGAAGGAGCUUUUUGCCUCUAUAAAUCACCAUGGGCACAAGCGCCAGAAUACUUGACCUACAAGCAGUUUCUCUAGCAUUGCUGACAGCAGCUCCAAUUACAGUAGCCUGGCAGGCUAGAGAGCAGAGGAGAGGGAGUGAGCCAGGUGUUGUAAGCGCAUCUUGAAGUGAUUUAUUACAGCGUUCUUCACCCUUUGUAUUUGUGGAUUUUUUUUGUUUGUUUUUUUUGUUUUGGUGUGCCCAUGUGUGCUCGUAUGUGCCCUAGUGAAGUAUAACGUUUCUGCUAUGAGAUUUUUCGACCCUGGAUGAGAAGUGGUGGAGAAAUUGAUGCGUCUCACUGUAGGACACAUUUAGAUCCCAUUACAACAUCAUCAAAUGAAUAAUAGAGAGAUAUUUGCUUUUUAAAAAUCAGGGUUAGAUUUGACAGUUUUAAUAGAUAUUUGAUGAUCUAAAUGAGCACAAUGUUUAGGUCAUUCUGGGCUGUUGCCAUAGAAAUACCAGUUUUUUUAAACUGCAGUUUUAACCUUAAACAAAUACAUUUUUCAAGUUCUAAUAUGAAGGGUUGAAAAUAAGUUUGUUUAACACAUCUUUAUCUUUACAUUCUAAAGUCUAACUUUAUAAGAAACCUGGAAUUUGAUUUUCACAUACUGGGAAAGCUUCAUUUGCCUCAAUUUCUAAUGGUAUAUAGAACCAUCUACAGUAUAUUUCCCACCAAUGUGAAGGACCUGUUAAUUACCUAAAUUGUUCUGCAGCGUGUGAUGUUUGUAUAUAGAACCACUGCCUUUACUAAAGAACCAUUGAAGAACCCUUGUUUUAAAGAGUGUAGUUCUCCACGGAUGUUUUAUUGUGUUUCAGGGUUUUAUUCCAACAGGUAAAGACAUUUUAAUUUUUUUUUCAUUGUUCUGGAAAGGUUUAAAGGCUAUUUAACAGCAUCAUUAGUGCCACAUUGCCACCUUCUGGAGGUCUUCAGGAAGAGCUUCUUAAACACUACAUAGCAUAGAAGUAUUUCAGUUGUUUGUUUGUUUUUAAAUAUUACUUAAAUAAAAUGUUGUGAUUCAUGAGAUAAUAUGCUUUAUGUUCACCAGCAGUAACAUAAACAAUACAUUGCUCAAUUAUUUUACAUAACUACAUCAGAGAAAUGCACUGGAACAGUCCAUCCCCUGCAUAUGUGCCAAUUGUUUAUUUUUGUUUUCCAUUCGGAACUUGUGCCAAUAACGUUUGGUCGCUGUAUUGAAACCCAUAAAGGUUUAUUUAUACUA